GUAAAGAGGCAAAUCAGCUCGACGAGUCCUGAACGAGUCCCGAUGCAUCGUUUCUUCUGCUCGCUAGGCUCAUUUCCGUUGCAAAGUUCACUUAUGUUGUGAUUUUGACUGGUGUUUACACGCUGAAAGAUAGAAUGGUUCGCUGCCGGUGUUGCGACCUUGCUUCCUGAGACUUUAACGCCCGGGGUAGCUCCAGAGGCUUUAAAUUGGCUCAAAAUGCAGCAGGUAGUCAGUCAUCACCACCAGCACGGGCCAGGCGCCCAGGUUGGGGCUCCCGGACAGACCGCGCACAAGCUGAGCGAGGCGCAACGAGGAGCGGAGGCACUUUUCACCACCAAGACGAUCUCGGAAAUCCGCGAGAUUGAGGUGCGCACGCGGAAGGACAUCGAACAAAAGAAGCUGCAGCUUCGGAACCUGGUCGGCGACUCCUACAGGGACCUUAUUGACAGCGCGGAUAAGAUUCUGUCGAUCGCGACCAACGCGACCACCAUCCUCAACAAUGUGCGGAGCAUCCAGGACUCCUUCACAGGUCUGGCGCAUAACUUCACCUCCAGCGAUGUGCUGCUGAAUGAGAAGCGCGACUCGCUCACCAAACACGAGGAGCUGUAUGCGGUGGGCAGCCGCGUCAAGUACCUGGUGGACACGCCGGAGCUCAUCUGGGGCUGCCUGGACGCCGCUCGGCACCUGGACGCCUGCCGCCGCUACCUGCGCGCCGAGGUGGUGCACGAGCACCUCAGGGCCGGCUUCGGGCCGGCGGCGCUGGCGCGCUUCCCGCUGCUGCGCCACCACUGGCCCACCGUCACCAAGUUCAAGAAGCAGAUUGUGGAGGCUGUGCAGGCCUGCCUGGUGGGCGGCAGUAGCACCGCGGCAGGCGCGACUGCCGCCGGCUCCACCGGCGGCGGCGCUACUGCCGCCGCUGCGCCCGCCUCCGCCACCAGCGGCAGUAGCGGCAGUAGCAGCAGCACGGGCCAGGGCACGGGCCAGGUGGCCGACCUGCUUGCGGCGCUGGCCUCGCUGCAGGGGCUGGACAGCGCGGCGCUGCUGCAGGCCUUCCUGUCCGCGCGUCGCACCAUGCUGGCACAGCUGGUGGCCGCCGCCGACGGCGGCAGCGCCGCCGCCGCCGCCGAGACCCUCUCCGCCGUCGCGCAGGCCGCGCAGCUAACUGUGGCGCAGGUCGGGGAGCUCUUCCUAGCCGCCGCGCCGCCGGGCGCCGCCUCGGCGGCUUCCGCCGCCGCCGGCGGCGCCGCCAGCGGCGCCGCACUGGCGGCGGCGGCCGCCGCCGCCGCGGUCGGCGGCGCCGACGCGACGUGCCUGCUGCAGCAGCGCUGCCGCGAGGAGGAGGCGGAUUACUCGGAGCUGAUGUUUGGCGGCCGGACCGCCGGCGGCGGCGGCGGCGGGCAGGGCGCGGCGGCGGCGGUGGCGGCGCCGGAGGCCGAGGCGUGGCGUCGUACCAACCGGGCGGUGGUGGAGCGACUGGCGGCGCUUUCGUCUGGGCAGGUGGAGCACGCCUGUGUGGCCUGGCUGCGCUCGGUGGCGGAGGACUUCGCCGGCCAGGCGCCGCGCCUGCUCGCCGGCCUCGCCAACGCCUCAGCCCUGGUGGAGGUGGAGGCGUGCGUGCGCACCGCCAUCGCCAGCUGGGCGCACCCCGGCGCCGCCGCGGCCGGCGGCGCAGCCGCCGCCGCCGCAGGCGGCGGCAAGCCGCCUCUGGCGGGCGCGAAGCGCCCGCGCGCCGGCGCCGCCGGCGCCGCCGGCUCCGGCUCGCUGCACCCCUCCGCGUCCGCGGCGGCGGCGCUGGCAUCUGUGGGCUCCGCCGGCGGCGCUGCCGGGCACCACAGCUACCACCACGGCCACCACCACGGCCACCAUGGGCACCACGGCCCGCUGGACGCGCCGCACCUGGGCUCCUGGGAGGCGGUGGCGGAGUGGGUGGUGGGCCGCCCGCUCAACAUCUGGCAGGAGGUGUUCCACGGCCCGUUCGUGGUGCGCUCGCGCGAGCUGAUCGAGGAGGCGUUCGCGGCUGUGGCGCGCGGCCUGGAGGGCCCGCUGGACGCCGCCCUGAAGGCCGCCGCCGCCGCCGAGCUGCCCGCCGAGCCCGCCGGCUGCAUCAUUACGCGCAUAUGGCCCAUGGAGGGCUGGGACGGCGGCGCCGCCGCCGUGGCCGCCGCCACCGGCGUGGGGCUGGCCGGCGGCGAUGGCGCGGGCGCAGGCGCGGGCACUAGCGUGGGCGCGGGCGUGGGCGUGGGGCGGGCAGGGUCCGGCGUGGCGGGUGCGGGGUCGGGUGCCGGGGUUGGGGAGGACGGCGUGGCGGGGGUGGCAGGGAAGGGCGGCGGCGCGGCGCGGGGCUACCGGCAACAGGUGGCGGCGAUGCAGCGGCGCUUCGACGACGACCUACGCGGCAUACUGCAGUCGGCGCUGCUGCUGGUGGGCACGGCGGACUCCGCCUCCUGGCCACACGCCGUACACUCCUCCCCCGUCUCCCACUCCCCCUCCGCCGCCUCGCUCUCCCGCGCCGCCUCCGAGGCCGUCGGCGGCCCCGGCGGCCCCGGCGCCGCCGCCGCUACAGCCGCCGCCGGUCUGGGGCUGCUACAGCCUCACCCCAGUGGCUCCCACGGCCACGCGCGAUCGUCGUUGCACAGCUUUGCGUCGAUCAAGCGCGACAUGCAGGGCAGCCGUGCUGCGGAGCUGGAGCCGUUUGUGCAGACCAGGUGCAUCGAGCUGGUCAGCGCCGUCGCCAACAAGUUGCAGUCACGGCUGGACGCGUUGGGUGCACCGCGCGAGGGCCCGGCGGGCGCUGCUGCGGCGGAGCAGGUGGUGCUUCUGGGGCGGCUGGCCACGGCCCUGGCCACCGACUCACGCUGCCUGCCGGUGGUGCUGGGGGCGCCCGAGGGCUGGAAGGCCGCGGCGGCGGGCCUGCCCAGCUCCAUCUCCCACGCCUCCCACGCCCGCACCGCCGGCGCGGGACGCGCUGGCGCCGCCGGCCGCGGCGCCGCCGCCGGCAACGCCCGCCUGGCGGGCGUGCUGGACCGGCUGCGUGGCGCGGCGGUGGCCGCCUACAAGGCGUGGGCGGCCUGGGCGGCUGCGUCGCUGUCGGCGGAGCUGCGGGUGCUGCUGCUGAGUGACGAGCUGCUCACGUGCAACACCACGCCGCUGUCCUGGCAGGAGACGGUGAUUGCGGGCGAGGCCGACAAUGCGCUGGCGGAGCCGGUGGCGGACAUGCGGUUCGCGCUGCCGGCCAGCCCCUCCGCCGCCGUGCUGCUGCUGCUCAACGCCGCCUGCACAGAGCUGCGCCGCGCGGGCGACCACAAGAUUGCUCCCGAGGCCCUCCAGGCCUUCGAGUGGGAACUCUCCCGCGCCCUCAUCGCCAGCUACGCGCAGCUCCUCUCCCCCGGCCUCGGCGCCCUCUCCACCAAAGGACUCACCGAGAAGGGCGUCCUCCAACUCCUUUUUGACGUCCGCUUCGUCCGAGACGUCCUCGUAGGCGGCCGCCCCGUCUCCGCGACGCGGCCCGGCGGCGGCGGCGGCGCCGCCGCCUCCGCGGCUUCGGUGGCGGCGGCCGCCGCGGCGGCGGCCACGGCCGGCGCGGGGCUGGGCGGGCUUGGAGGCCUGGGGGUGCUGGGGGCGGGGGCGGCGGAGCUGGCGGACCCGGCGGUUGUGGCGGCGCUGGGCGAGCGGCGGCGGGAGCAGGCGGCGCUGGAGCAGAUGCUGCAGGACCUGCUGGAUCCCAUCGACUGGGCCACCUAUGAGUCCUACCUCUGGGCUAACGUGGGCAGAUACUUUGGGCGCGUGUCGGUGCUGCUGGGCGGCCUCAUCCAGCUGCAGCGCGCCCACCCCGAGGGCGGCGCCGGCGGCCUGGGCGGCCUGGGCAAGAUGGCCGCAACCGGCCUGCAGGACUCCAACCCGCUCAACGUGCUGCCAGUGGCGCCUCGCUUCCAGUACCUGCCCAUCUCCGCCCCCACUGCCACCCUAGCGGCGCAGCAGCAGCAACAGCAGCAGCAAGCAGCUGCCGCCGCGGCGGCGGCCGUCGCCGCCACCGGCGGCGGCUAUGCCGCCGCCGCCGGCGCAGCCGCCGGCCUAGUGCCGGUAACUAGCUCGGGCUCGCUCGCGGGUGCGCGCUUCCGCGCCAGUGUGGGUGCGCUGAACCGUGCGGUGUCGGGGCAGCUGGCGGCUGCGGGGGAUGCGGCGGACAGCUACUCGUUCGCGGACCUCGGCAGUGCGCGCGGCGGCAUGCGCGGCGGCGCGGCCGGCGGCGGCGUGGCGGGCGGCGGCGCCGGCGCGGAGGCGCCGUCGGCGGCGGCGGCGGGCUCGGCGGCGUCGGUGGGCGCGGCGGCGCUGAGUGCGCUGCAGGCGCGCCUGCAGGGCGGCUCGCUGGGCACAUUUGGCUCCAUGCUGGGCGACAAGGCCGCCGAGGUGACCGCCAUGGCCAGCGCCAAGUUCGGCGACUUUGGUGACUACCUGCCCACCAGCGCCCUGGGCUCGGCGGUGGGGUCCGCAGGCGGCCUGUUCUCAAGCUUGACCAAGAACGUGGGGAAGAAGUAGUGCGGUGCCAUGGAACCGGGAGAUCUUCUUUGGAGAGGGCGACAGCGGAUAGGCGUGGCGUUGCGGCGUCGGCCGCACCAUGUAUGUAAGGCAUCGAUCGCAUCCGCGUGGCUGCAAGGUUUUGGACUGCCGGCAUACCGUGGGUAGCGUGUGCACGCAGUGCAGGCUGUCCAUCCAUUUCCAGCACACGUGCGUUUAUGAUUGCGGUCUUCUGGAGCCCGUGCUUGGAUAGCUACCUAAAACAUUGUGAUGCUGCAACAUGUAAAAACGCAAGCACAGUCUGUCCUGGGUCUAGUGCCCCCGCAGUCUAAUGUCUAAUUGCCUAGAGCUUCUUUCCAAGCGUCGAGAGCCCUGCAAAUUCAGGCGAAAACAGGCAGGGCACCGCGCGUGCACGCACAUGCACUUGUUCGGCACCUACAUGCCCCAGGGACGGCGUUUGCGGGGGUGCCUACCCUGCUCGGCGUGCGGGCGGGUGUGGCGGCGCGGGCUGGUACACCUCAGGACACACCUCGGAACCGGCAUUACUGCAAGGCGUCGCGCAAUUGCCAAGCUUGGGGAAUGUGUCGUACUGCGCGGCGUAAACGGGGGAGGAGGCUUUGGAAGCGGAUGUGGAAGCGGAAGUGGGUGUGGCGUAUGUCCUGUGGCGCGGAGGCACGUGGUGUACGGAUUGCAUUCGCUCUGGCCGGAGGGUACAGGAGGGUGUGUGAUGGGACAGGGUUCAAGGCAGGUUGGCGAGGUCCCGUAGGGUGCAGCUGAUGCCCAGACCCUUAAGCAGACGGCAAACAGUUUGCAGUGGCAGAGCAGAAGUGCAUGGCUGGUCGAACGCCGGCGUUACUGUACCGACAAGUUGCUGG